GCCAGGCGUGCGCAGCAGGUGCGCCAAGUCCCCCGGGUCCCCACCGGGCGCGCUGCCUGGCGCCUCGCGGCGGCGGCGAAGUGCUGGAGCGGAGCGGAGAGGUGGAGCCUCGAGCACCGGGCGGGUGGAGUCGCCAGACGGAGGGCGGUGGAGGCGGAUUUCCUGGGAGGGCUCUCUGGAGCUGCCAUGGCGUUUGGGAAGAGUCACCGCGAUCCCUAUGCUACCUCCGUGGGUCACCUCAUAGAGAAGGCUACGUUUGCUGGAGUUCAGACUGAAGACUGGGGCCAGUUUAUGCAUAUCUGUGACAUAAUUAACACCACGCAGGAUGGGCCAAAAGAUGCAGUUAAGGCAUUGAAGAAAAGGAUUUGCAAAAACUACAACCACAAAGAAAUACAACUUUCUUUGUCACUGAUUGACAUGUGCAUGCAGAACUGUGGUCCAAGUUUCCAGUCUCUGAUUGUGAAGAAGGAGUUCAUUAAAGAUACUCUAGUUAAGCUGCUGAAUCCUAGAUACACCUUGCCGCUGGACAUUCAGAACAGAAUCUUGAAUUUCAUCAAGACUUGGUCACAGGGCUUCCCAGGAGGUGUGGAUGUAAGUGAAGUGAAAGAAGUGUACCUUGACCUGCUGAAGAAAGGGGUUCAAUUCCCACGGUCGGAUGCAGAGCCUGAGAGAAAGCAGGAGGCUGCUCAGCUCUCACCAAAUCGAUUAGCACCUGUCCCUACCGCACCCGCUCUUUCUUCUAUAAUUGCUCCCAAGACACCAACUAUUUCAUUAGUCCCAGAACAGAUCGGGAAACUGCACAGCGAGUUGGAUAUGGUGAGAAUGAAUGUGAAUGUGAUGGCUGCCAUACUGAGGGAGAACACUCCUGGGUCCGAAAACCAUGAAGACAUUGAGCUCCUGCAGAAACUUUACAAGACGGGUCGGGAGAUGCAGGAGAGGAUCAUGGACCUGCUGGUGGUGGUGGAAAACGAAGACGUGACUGUAGAGCUAAUUCAAGUGAACGAGGAUCUGAAUAAUGCCAUCCUUGGAUAUGAGCGGUUUACUCGAAACCAACAAAGACUUCUGGAACAGAAUAGGUACCUGAACGAAGCUACCAAUAGGUCCAGUGAGCCGUCCGCUCCUUCCUGUGAUCUACUCGACCUCAGUCCCAUCCUGCCAACACCUGUGUCCAAUGGGGAAACACUCAAUACCGUGAAUGCUCAGCUUUCAGCCUUAAGUGUCAGCUCUCCGAGUCCUGUUAUAACAAGCAACUUGUAUUCCAAUCUUCAACCACAGCUGGAUUUGCUAGCAUCGGAAAACACAGAAACACCUACCCUGUUUGCCCAAAGGACCAGCCAAAACCUCGCCUCAAGUCACACGUAUGAUUUUCCGGAACACUCCAAUUCAGUAUUACUACAGCCAGUUAGCCUACAGCCUGCCACAGCAGCACCGCCGAGCCAGAGGCAGCCACCCUUGCCCAGCAAUCAUCCAGUGCUAAACAAUGAUCUCCAACCACCCAAUUACUACGAGGUAAUGGAGUUUGAUCCCUUAGCUCCUGCUACAGAAGCUGUUUAUGAAGAAAUUGAUGUUGACCACCACAAAGAAGCUCAAAAUCACAGUGACUGCUAAGGAGUAUGCUCAGCUAAUUAGCAGCACAAAGGAUCAGCUCGAUAAAGCAGUCCCUGCUCCACUGAGGCCAGAAAGACAAGUCCUGCCAACAGGGAAUCCAGUGGACUACUUCUCAACAGAAGUUAACAUUUCCCAGCUAACAUUGCUACUCCUGACAAUGGCUCAGGAUUUCAGGAGAAGCUGAUUAUAACAACUACAACUUCAGCAGAAGGAAAACUUCCUGGUACUAGGUCAACUGGUUAAGUUGAAGACUCUUCUGCUGCGCAGGCAUUCCUACCAAUAGAAAUCACCACAGACCUAUAAGGGUACUUCAAGAUCGUCCUACUACAAAAUACUGUGAACAGAUGGGGCAGGAAGUGAGGAAGAAAAUGAGUGCCUUCAUUUAACUGAAUUUGAAUGUAGAAGUCAGUUUGCAUUUGUAUAUAAAUAACACUUUGGUUUAAACUUGAUGAUUUGUUUAAUUAUAUUUCAAGUAAGUGCCUGAGCAGGUCACUGCAUCAGGUGGCCUUUGUAAUGUUAAACAUUCUUGCCUUUUAUUAUAAUUUACAUUUUGAAACAAAUACUGGAAAACAAAAUUGUGCAUCAUUUACUUAAAAUUAAAUUACUAUUAAUUUGUCAGAGUUGUCUUGUUUUUGUUUUGUUUUUUACUUCA